UCAGGGGACUGAUGGCACAGCGCUUCAGGCAACGCCACGAACCUGCUUCUGUACAGUACAUGCAAGACAGCGGUCAUUCUCUCUAUUUAAAGAUGAUAUCAAACUGACGCCAGUCAUCAUCCCUGGAUUUCCCUGGCCUUAUGUUGACAUGGCAACAGGAAGGAAAAGCUCCACUUCAAAAGGUGGAGUACAUUUCCCUGAUGAUGAUGAAGACGCUCCCAUUAACAAUAGCUGUGAUGAAAAGCUUCAGGAUAAAGUCAUCACUGCUCUACCAGAGCCUGAUGGUGCAUAUCUUGUUAAGGUGGGAUUUUUAAGGAGCCAUCACAAAUAUGAAAUCAUCUUUUCUUUGCCACAAGUCCCAACACUAGGGAAAGAUGUCUCUCUUUCCCCCGCACUACGCACUACUGCAAAACCACGACUACGUGCAAUACGCAUCACACCACAGCCUGAUGGGGGAGCGAGGGUGGUUUGUGAGUACAGCGCUCAGCAGGAGGGAGUGGUGCAAGAGGAACUCACCCUGGUCAACAGGAGCAGAAGGGACAGCAGCGUCCGAGUUCGAUUACAGGCCAGAGUCAUGGGUGAGAUACACACACCAACUGGUGACAGCUCUCUAGUCAUUCAUAACAAAGCGUUCAUGAGGUGA